AUGCGGCCUGCGGCGCGUAGCAGUUGCGCUGGCGGCGGUGCAGUGGCGGACAAAAGCGGCCUGGCGGAUGCGACAGUUGACGCGCUGCAGCGGGCCGCACGAGACGCGCAGGGGGCCGUCGAGACGGGCGUGACGACGACGCGUCGGCUGCAGCUGCAGGAAGAGCAGAUGCGGCGGGUGGACCGCAGCCUCGUUGAGGUGGAGCAGGGGCUGGGCGCCGGCGACCGUGCCCUGCUGCGCAUGACGUGGACGGGUAGAAUUAAGAGUUGGUUCAUGCCGCCGCCGCCGCCGAGUAAUGGGGGGGCGCCAUCAUCGUCGCCGGCGCCUCCGCGGCCCCCGGGAGAGCAGCCGGAGCAGACGCGGCGGCGGGAGGAAACAAGUGGCGGGGGUGCCGAUGGGGUGGGUGGCCGCGGCAGUCGGCUAUGCAGGGAGGAGGAGGAGGAGGAGGAGGAGAGGUUGUUGGAUGCGUUACUGGACGACGUGCACGCCAUGCGGGAACAGGCCACUCUUCAGGCGGCGAUGCUCAACGAACACAACCGCCACCUUGACGCCAUGGCGGCAAAAACCGCCGGGCUUCGCAAUCACAUGGAACGUACGAACCAGAGAGUGGAAAAGAUGCUUUAA